AUGGCCCGCCUCUCCACCCGCCUCUCCAUCCGCUGGGGCGACGACCCGGCGUCCGAGCCGACGACCACUCUCGUCAUGAGCGUCGGGGGCUACUUUAUGGACCUGCGCGUCGUCAAAAGCGACAACGCCGUCGACUGGGCGUUUGCCGGCACGCGCGACAUUGUCGCACGCGCGCCCCAGCUGCACUGCCGCUGGCACCACACCAUUGACUCGCGCAACGCCUUUGCCCCCGACGAGGGUUGGUUUCAGGACCUGCCCAGCGGGAACCGCGACGGCGAUGGCAACGGCGACGGACACUACAGCGACAGCCUGGAGACGGGGCGCAUGGCGUGCGCCGAACGGGGCGGCGCCGUCACGGCCUACGAGGAGGUGUGGCGGACGCUGCCGACGGACGGCGCGCGGGCGUGGAUCGUGAAGCGCGAGGAGGAUGCUGCGACGACGACGAGCAACAUUACGUUUCUCGGGCGGGUGGGCCGCGAGUACUUUGCCAUGGUGCAGGCACGUGGCGGCGGGCCAUUGACUGUGCAGCGAGAGACGCUGGAGGCAGCUAAUAAAGGACAUGAAGGACAUGAGGGACAUGAGAGACAGCAGGGACAGGAGGGCUACAACGGAAAAGAGCGCUGGGUGGUCAAGUACCGGUCGGGCGAUGCGCCUCUGCCAUCCCUGGCGGCGAACAAGCUGUCUGCAUUUCCAAACGAAGAGACAUGGACGGAGGGAGACAAGGUGGACGUGUUUGGCGACGUGUACACUGAUCGUGCAGAGCGUCACCAUCCGCUCCAUGCCCACGGCGCCCGGCGGCCGGCUGCGGCAAAUGGCAUACGGCGCGCCCUCGAGGUCGCUGAGGCGCGCGCGCAGGGACGCAAACGAGACGGGCACGCCGGCGGCUGCGUCGGCGCGCGUGAGGGCCUGCAUCCGCGCCAGACGCGCAAACGAGUUGUCGGCCGGGUGGUCCACCAGCUGGGCGGGACGCCCCUGGGCCGCCGUGCCGUACAAAUGGUUGGUGUGUGCGACGAACCGGCUGCUGGCGUUUCCAUGGGCAGCGAGCUUGGUAGGAUCCGGAUCAAUGCGGGCGUGCCCGUACGGCGAGCACUCGAUGUCGGCGUGCUGGCCCGACCGGUCCGCCAGCAGCAGGUUGAUGCAGCUGGCCGCGCCAAACUCGGUCUCGAGGAUGGCCAGCGCGGCGUCCAGCGACGUGGCGUACUGCAGCAGGCGCCGGGCCAGCACGUGCACGGGCAGGUGGCGGUCGGUCGUGCCCUGCGCGCCGGAGCGGAUCGCGUUCAUGCAGAGCCCAAACCCGGCGCUGUUCAUGCUGAUCUUGCCGACGAUGCCCGCCUCGCCCAGGAACACGAAGCGCUGGACGCUGGUCUCCGGUGCCGUCUCCGGUGCCGUCUCCGGUACUAUAUCAAACGACACCAUGCCCUCGUGCAGCUCCUCGAGCCAGUCCCAGUUCUGCGCCAGAAACACCCGACGGCCGUCCGCGCCCACCACCUCCUGCGCCAGCGACGUGCACCCGUCCGUGUAGUUGGUCAGCGCAAUCUCGCUCCGCACAUUCAGCGUCAGCACGUCGUCCCGCGUCAGCCCACCGCCGGCUCCGUCGGCAAUCCCCUGCAUCUCCUCCAGAAUUGCCGGGUAGCAGCGCUCCAGACGGCCGGCAAACUGGUCGACGGCCCGCGCGCGCGCCUCCGCCCACGUGAGCCCGACCGUCUCGUUGAAAAAGGCCGUGUACGUGGCCACGUUCUUGUGUACCUGGUCGGCGACGGCCCGGCCGUGCGCGAGGCCGAUCUGGUACGGCGUGCCGGUGCAUCGGACGGUCUUGACGAGGCGAGGCUGAGACAUGGCGGGAUGACGGAUGUAGUGGACGAAAAAACGCUGUGUGUGUGA